AUGGCAGCAUGGGUGACAAUAAUGAUAGCAGUUUUGGGUGGAUUAAAUAGGCAAACAGUAGUAGCACAAGGAGGAGGAUUCAACUACAAAGAGGCGUUAAGCAAAGCCAUCAUCUUCUUAGAAUGUCAAAGAUCAGGGAAACUGCCUCCUACUAAUAGGGUCCCCUGGCGUGGUGAUUCUGGCCUUGAAGAUGGCAAACUUGCCAACGUGGACCUGGUAGGGGGAUACUAUGAUGCAGGAGACAAUGUAAAGUACGGACUGCCGAUGGCAUUCACAGUGACAACCCUGGCAUGGGGAGCCAUCUUUUAUGAAUCUCAGCUGCAGGCUGCAGGGGAGCUCCAACAUGUGCACGACGCCAUUAAAUGGGGAACUGAUUAUUUCCUGAAAUGCAGCUCCAGACCCAACCGCUUGUACGUUCAAGUCGGAGACCCAUUGCAGGAUCAUCAAUGUUGGAUUCGCCCUGAGAACAUGAAGACCCCUCGUACUGUCUUACAGAUUGAUGAACAUAAACCUGGCACUGAGAUUGCUGCUGAAACUGCUGCUGCCAUGGCUGCUUCUUCAAUUGUCUUCCGCAAAUUUGACCAGCCUUAUGCUCGCCGUCUCCUCAACAAGGCCAAAUCACUCUUCAGAUUUGCCGGAAGCUAUAAAGGAACCUUUGACGGAGAAUGCCCCUUCUACUGCUCUUUCUCUGGGUCUAAUGAUGAAAUGCAAUGGGCAGCAACAUGGCUAUAUAAGGCCACCAACAACCAAACAUAUUACCACUAUAUCAAGGACCAGUCUGUUGACGCCUACAUAAGUGAAUUUAAUUGGGACCUCAAAUAUGCCGGUAGCCAGAUUCUUCUCACUGAAAUGUAUUUUCAAGGGCAGCAGACUUUCGAUGAGUACAAGAAGAUGGCUGACAGUUAUAUAUGUCAAGUAAUCCCUGGAAGCCCUUACGCUCAAGCUCCCUUCACUCCUGGAGGACUGCUUUACAUGAGGGAUGGAGCCAACUUACAGUAUGCCACAGCUGCAGCUUUUGCAUUCAGUGUCUAUGGUGAUUUGCUUGCAAGACACAACCAGCAGAUCACUUGUGAUAAGAAGGUAUUUGGAUCAGCUGACCUCCUGGCUUUUGCUAAGAAACAGAUGGAUUAUAUAUUAGGAGCAAAUCCACAGCAGAGAUCAUACAUGGUAGGAUUUGGGAAAAACUUUCCACAACAACCACAUCACAGGGGAGCAUCAAAUCCUAUCAUGCAAGUAUCUGAAGUGGUGACCUGUGCCAGGACAUUCAUUGACUAUUUCACUAAAAAUGCCCCAAACCCACACGAGCUAACUGGUGCCAUCGUGGGAGGUCCUAACAAAAGUGAUAACUUUGAAGACCGACGUCACAUUGGGAACAUGGAAGAACCCUGUACCUAUAUAAACUCUCUUGCUAUUGGUGCAUUGGCUAGAUUGACAUCCGCUUCUUAAUAAAAUGUACUCAAUUUA